AUGUCUUUUCAAAUUUCUUUCGAUAAGUCAAAGAAGCAUCCGGCUCAUUUGCAGUUGGCCAACAAUUUGAAGAUUGCGCUAGCGCUUGGACUCGCAAACAAAAAUUUGAAGCUUGAAGUCAAUGAUGACAAUGCUGCCAUGGAAUUGUGCAGCACAAAGGAAGCAUUUACGCUAUUCGAUGCCAAUGCUAUUUUGAGAUAUAUCAUGGACGAUUUUGAAGACCAAAGUUCCGACAAAUACCAAUUUGCAUUAGCAUCUCUACAAAACUUGCUAUACCAUAAAGAACUCCCUGGACAACAUGUCGAGGUUUUGACAAACAAGGCCUUCGAAAACUACUUGGCCGAGCUGAAAGAACCAUUAACUGCCACUGACUUGAUUCUGUUUGCCAACGUUUACGCCCUAGAUUCUUCUUUUGUCCAAAGCAAGUUCCCAGACUUGCCAUCUAAAGUGCGCAGUGCCAUUAGUUUGGCUCAAGAGCAUAUUCCACGUGAUUCCUCCAGCUUCAAAAACACUGGUGCGGUGAAAAUCCAACCAAACUUAACCGUUAAGCCCAAGGAUGCUGAAAUUCUACCCAAGCCAAAUGAAAGAAACGUCUUGAUCACAUCCGCAUUACCUUAUGUCAAUAACGUUCCUCAUUUGGGUAAUAUCAUCGGAAGCGUUCUUUCAGCAGAUAUUUUUGCUCGUUAUUGUAGGGGACGUAAUUACAAUGCCUUGUUUAUUUGCGGUACCGAUGAAUAUGGUACUGCUACCGAGACUAAAGCGUUGGAAGAAAAAGUGACACCAAGAGAACUGUGUAACAAAUAUCAUAAGAUCCACGGUGACGUUUACAAAUGGUUUCAAAUUGGCUUUGACUACUUUGGGAGGACCACCACCGAUAAGCAAACUGAAAUUGCUCAGGAUAUUUUCACGAAACUAAAUUCAAAUGGAUAUUUGGAAGAACAAUCUAUGAAGCAAUUGUACUGUCCAGUACAUAACUCUUAUUUGGCUGAUCGUUACGUAGAGGGUGAAUGUCCAAAAUGCCAUUACGACGAUGCUCGUGGUGACCAAUGUGAUAAGUGUGGUACUUUAUUAGAUCCAUUUGAAUUGAUCAAUCCACGUUGCAAAUUGGAUGAUGCUUCACCAGAACCUAAAUAUUCCGACCAUAUCUUCUUAUCGUUGGAUAAAUUGGAAGCCCAAAUUUCUGGCUGGGUCGGGAAAGCUUCUGAAGAUGGUAACUGGUCGAAAAAUUCCAAGACAAUCACUCAGUCCUGGUUAAAGGAUGGUUUGAAACCACGUUGUAUUACAAGGGACUUGGUUUGGGGUACUCCAGUGCCCUUAGAAAAAUACAAGGACAAAGUUUUGUAUGUUUGGUUUGACGCAACAAUCGGUUACGUGUCCAUCACUGCCAACUACACUAAGGAAUGGAAACAAUGGUGGAAGAAUCCAGAGCAUGUUUCAUUAUAUCAAUUCAUGGGCAAAGACAAUGUUCCUUUCCAUACGGUUGUUUUCCCAGGUUCUCAAUUGGGUACCGAAGAAAACUGGACCAUGUUGCACCACUUAAACACCACAGAAUAUCUGCAAUAUGAAAACGGUAAGUUUUCUAAAAGUAGAGGCGUUGGGGUCUUUGGUAACAAUGCUCAAGACUCUGGAAUUUCCCCAAGUGUUUGGAGAUACUACUUGGCAUCCAUUAGACCAGAAUCCAGUGAUUCUCAUUUCUCAUGGGAUGACUUCGUUGCUAGAAAUAACAGUGAAUUGCUUGCUAACUUGGGUAAUUUUGUCAACAGAUUAAUCAAGUUCGUUAAUGCCAAGUACAGUGGAGUGGUUCCAAAAGCCGACCCUAAAAAGAUUUCCAAUUAUGAUAGCUUAGUCAAAGAUAUUAAUGAAAUUUUAUCAAGUUAUAUCAAAGAAAUGGAACUUGGUCAUGAAAGACGUGGUUUGGAAAUUGCCAUGUCAUUAAGUGCUCGUGGUAACCAAUUUUUGCAAGAGAAUAAGCUAGACAAUACGUUAUUCUCCCAGUUCCCAGAAAAGUCUGAUGCUGUUGUUACAGUCGGUUUGAAUAUCAUUUACGCAGUCAGCUCUAUUAUUACGCCAUACAUGCCAGAAAUUGGUGAAAAGAUAAAUAAAAUGCUGAAUGCCCCAGCUUUGAAAAUUGAUGAUAUAUUCCACUUGGCCAUCCUGGAAGGUCACAAUAUCAACAAAGCUGAAUACUUGUUCCAACGUAUCGAUGAAAAGAAAAUUGAUGAAUGGAGAGCCAAAUAUGGUGGUCAACAAGUUUAA